UUCGCGUUUAUCGACUAAGGUAAACUCGUAAUAGCCUCAAGCAUACUAAGUGACGAACUUAUCAGUGGCGACGGUGCUUUUGGAAAUAUGGAUCCUGCCAAACUUGAAUUACUACUUGAGCAGCAGCUGAAACUGAUGCAGAUGUUGACAGACAUGAAGAUUUCCCCUUCCACGCAGCCCAGCUCAUCUAAUGCAACCACAGCUCCAUCGGUCGACGGCAUCGCAAAUAGCAUAUCUGAAUUUCAUUAUGAUCCUGAUGCAAAUGUUACUUUUGACAUGUGGUUCCGGCGUUAUGAAGAUUUAUUUAAAUUUGAUUUCGCUAACCAAGAUGAUGCUUGGAAGGUUCGGCUGCUACUUCGAAAGUUGGGCGCAAGUGAGCUGGAUAAGUACUGUAAUUUGAUCCUGCCUUUGAACCCACGAGAUUGUUCGUUUUCUGAGACUGUUCAGACUUUAAGCCAACACUUUGGAGACAACUCGUCACUAUUUAAUACUCGUUAUCGAUGUUUGAAGCUUAUUAUGAACGAAGAUGAUGAUUUUCUUACGCACGUGGGCAUCGUCAACCGUGAAUGCGAACGCUUUCGGUUGAAGUCUUUGUCGGAAGACCAGUUCAAAGCCCUUAUACUCAUCUGCAGCCUCCAGUCGAGUAAGUUCAGUGACAUUAGAACAAGGCUACUAAGUCGGUUGGAGCAAGAUCCAAAGCUUACGCUUAAUGAUAUGGCUCAUGAGUACCAACGUCUCACUAACCUACAACGAGACUCGACUAUAGUUCAGAGUGGUAGUUCAAGCCGAUCUGAAAUUCAUUUGGUACAGCAGCCACCUAAUCAUUAUAAGUCUGCCCGUGCUACACCCAGUUCACCCCGCUCCAAUUCGGCCCAAAAACCCAAAAUGAAUCCACCUUCUGCUUGCUGGCACUGCGGUUCAUGGCACUAUGUACGGAACUGCCCAUUUAGGCAGCAUAGAUGCAGGAAGUGUAAAGUCAUCGGUCAUAAAGAUGGCUUUUGCCUACAGAAAAAGCCAAAGCGAUCCAGAAGUGCUAAGAAGCCUGUUCCUAGAUCCAGUACCAAUGCAUUGAGCCUAAUAUCUUCCUGCCAAAGCUCAUCACCAGGUGAGAGGAAAUUUAUUACUCUUAAUAUUAACGGUUAUUUGUGUAGAAUGCAAAUAGAUACUGCAUCUGAUGUCACUAUCCUCUCACGCAAAAAUUGGACCAAAUUGGGCAGCCCAAGCCUGCAGCACACAACACAAAAGCCUCGUACAGCAUGUGGUAAUUAUCUUCGUCUGUUAGGACAAUUGGAAUGUAAAGUUGCUUUCCGAGAUUCGUCGUUUACUGGGGUAUGCUAUAUAACGCCAGCUGAUCUAAAUUUACUUGGUUUAGAUUGGUUCGACCAGCUAAAAUUGGCUGAUGUCCCGCUAAAUACCAUAUGCAACCUGGUAUCACAACGACAUGACCCAGAAGCGUAUACGAAGAAGCUGAUGACAGAGUUUUCAACCAUUUUUGAACCUGGAUUAGGUCGGUGCACUGCUAUGAAAGCAACACUUCGGUUGAAACAUGGGGCUAAGCCUGCUUUUCGUCCAAAGAGACCUGUACCGUAUGCUACAUUAGCAACAGUAGAUGAAGAGCUGGAUCGCCUUCAACGACAAGGAGUUAUUACUCCCGUUUCUUACUCCAGUUGGGCAGCACCUAUAGUCGUUAUCAAGAAGGCCAACGGCACGAUACGUAUAUGUGCUGACUUCUCUACAGGUCUCAACGCAGCUCUAGAACAGCAUCAUUAUCCUCUGCCAGUCCCAGCAGAUCUGUUCACUAUGCUGAAUGGGGGAAAGUUCUUCGCAAAGCUUGACCUAGCUGAUGCUUAUUUGCAAGUGGAAGUCGAUGAAGCAUCUAAAGAGCUGCUUACUAUCAACACUCAUCGUGGUUUGUUCCAGUAUAACCGUCUACCUUUUGGAGUUAAGACUGCCCCAUCUAUCUUCCAACAACUAAUGGAUACUAUCCUGUCAGAUAUCUCAGGGGUUGCAGCUUAUCUCGAUGAUAUCUUGAUUGUUGCGAAGACGUUAGAACAGCUACGGGAACGCACGACAUUGGUACUACAACGCAUCAGUGACAAUGGUUUCCGGUUACGCCCAGAAAAAUGCCAGUUUCUAUUGCAGUCGGUAAAGUAUUUGGGAUUCAUCUUUGAUGCCGACGGUCGCAGACCGGAUCCUGAAAACAUCCGAGCUAUCAAACUGAUGCCCACUCCCACUAAUGUUUCCGAAUUACGAUCUUUUCUCGGUUUGAUCAGUUAUUAUUCAGCUUUUGUUCCCUCGAUGCAUGAUAUUCGCGCUCCAUUGAAUUGUCUACUGCAGAAGCAUAGCACAUGGAACUGGACUAAAGAGUGUGACGCGGCUUUUGGUAAACUCAAGUCUAUAAUUAGCUCGGAAUUGUUAUUAACACACUACGAUCCAUCCAUGCCGAUCAUCGUAGCAGCAGACGCUUCAGCAUAUGGCCUAGGUGCUGUUAUUUCACAUCAAUUUCCAGACGCGUCGGAAAAAGCCGUUAUGCAUGCAUCCCGUACACUGACCCCAGCAGAAAAGAAGUAUAGCCAGAUAGAGAAAGAAGCUCUUGCCCUUGUGUUUGCUGUUCGCCGUUUCCAUAAGUUUCUGUACGGUCGGAGAUUCACGCUCCUCACAGAUCACAAGCCUCUGUUAGCAAUAUUUGGUUCAAAGUCUGGCAUUCCAGCCCAUUCUGCAAAUCGUCUUCAGCGAUGGGCCUUGGUACUUUUGGGGUAUGAUUUCGAAAUCCAAUAUCGACGUACUCUACAAUUCGGUCAAGCAGACGCUUUGUCACGACUCAUUAAUGAUCAAGUGGCGGCUGAGGAAAACAUGGUGAUCGCAUCUCUGUCAGUAGAAGACCACGCAGAAUGUGAUCUGACAACCGCAGUUCGCGCAUUACCGGUGUCUGCAACAGACAUACAAAAUGCUUCUAGAAACGACCCCAUCAUCAAGAUGACGAUGAAAUAUGUCACUAACGGUUGGCCGUCGAAAAAGUUUGAAGGUGACAUGAAGCAACUGUAUCAGCGGCGGGAGUCACUAUGCAUCGUGAACGAUUGUCUGAUGUUUGGUGAAAGAGUAGUGGUGCCAGAAUCCCUUCGUGCAAAAGUGCUGAGACAGUUCCAUCUUGGUCAUCCUGGGAUUAAACGAAUGAAGUCCAUAGCCAGGAGUUAUGCAUACUGGCCUCACAUGGAUCAACAUGUCACAGCGUUGGUUGAAAAAUGCAUGCGGUGUCAGCAGGCGGCAAAGAUGAAUGCCAAAAUUCCGCCGGUUUCAUGGCCCAAACCUGAGCAUCCUUGGUCCAGGAUACAUGUCGACUUCGCUGGCCCAAUAAAUGGAACUAUGUAUUUAAUUGUCGUCGACGCCUUUUCUAAAUGGCCGGAAAUCAGCCCCGUUAUGCCGCCCACUACAACUAAGACUAUACAGCUCCUAACUGAAAUUUUCUCACGAAAUGGCAUACCAGAUGUGAUCGUAUCCGACAAUGGCUCUCAAUUCACCUCUUCCCAAUUCCAGAAUUUCUGUCAACGGCUAGCCAUUAAACACUUACGCUCGCCACCAUACCACCCGCAAUCGAAUGGGCAGGCGGAAAGGUUUGUGGAUACGUUUAAAAGAGCACUGCUCAAGUCAAAAGGGGAGGGGACGCCAGCCGAAACGUUACAAAAUUUCUUGUACGUCUAUCGGACAACACCAAAUGAAUUGUUACCGGAGCAAAAGUCCCCAGCUGAAAUCCUGAUGGGAAGAAGAUUGAAAACGAUCCACAGCCUGAUGCAUCCGACCAAUGCACCCUCAUCAGUAGAGACAAAGCAGCAAAGACAAUCCGCUUACGAGGUGGGAUGCCCUGUGUUUGCCCGCGACUACAGAACGAACCAUGGUCCUUGGGUAGAAGCGAGAGUGGUCAGAAGGGUUGGUCGAGUUAUGUACGAAGUAGAGGUAGGAGGUGAUAAAUGGUCACGUCAUCGCAAUCAGAUACGCAGACGGCUAGCCCCAGAUCGCCCAUCAAGAGCAGAAAGCCUUCCCCUUGACAUCUUGCUUGAUACCUUCAACCUACCGAGAGCCCCGCCACGAGAAGAAACUCAGCAGCAAGCUGUUCUUCGUUCCCGAAGGUAUCCCCUCAGACAGCGGCGAACAAUAGUCAAGAUGCAAGUCGACCCCAGGAGAACAAGCUAUUAAAAAGGGGAGGAGUGUUGGGGAUGUUAGAUCCCCAAAAUUCGCUUGAUAAUGCCGUAUUUUGGUUUUCACGUUUCGCCAGCAUGGGCUGAUCAGAUGACCUUGAGAUUUCAAUUCCCACCAGGAAAAUCAAUGGCUGUGAUUGGCUGCAGUGUAUUUUAGUAUGCUAUUUUCUUAACUGUCUCAAGGACGUUCUUAUGUUGUAUAAAUAAACGAGAGUUGUAUGCUUGAUUGUACUGUGAUUGCUGGGUGUUUGUAGAAUAUACUUCCUACGCUUACAAAGCCUUCUAUUCCGAUUUUGGGUAUUCAAGGUAGCCUACCUGGACGCUGGUAAUUGUCUCGUUCGCGUUUAUCGACUAAGGUGAACCCGUAAUAGUUUCAAGCAUACCUAGUGACGAACC